AGUAUUAUUUUCUAUGUGAGUUUUCGUUGCUCUCUCGAAGUUUACCGCACGCUGAGGAGUACAUACAUCACCCUGUGAACUAAACUGUGUGUAGGCUCCCAAAUUCGGCUACAAAAGCAAGGGAAAAGAAAACCGGCUGGCUUUCAACUUCUAUCGAGUCCUUCUUCCUCUUGAGGAAACGAGAAGAAGAAAGAGAAAAAGCGCGCUUGAAAGUAACAAAACUUCGCGCCGCCUUCUUUCAUCCAUUUAACGACCGCAGAACUCUCCGUAUAUAUUUUUUGGUCUUUCUUUAAUUCAUUGAGUGUCAAAAAGAAGUCACACCAUAAGAGAGAAAAGACGAGAGAUUGGAAUUGUUGAACUUACGCACCGUCCGGAACUAAGAACCACCAACAGAGGUGAGGCUCCACGCUGCUUCUGUUUUCUUUUUUUUUAACAGUGACUCUUAUACGCGGGUGCCGAGCCGAAGAGUCGCAGAGCCCCCUUAAGGUUUUACUUUUGUUUUUACACAUACAUAUAUAUAUUGUUUUGCCCACUGCUUUGCUGUUCUCUUUUGUUGCAUAGGUAUAUAUAUAUAUAUAUAUAUAUAUAAAGGAUACAAACAAAAAAAAGGGUUUUCGCUCUCACGAUUCAUACAGUUAAACCCGAAGCGAUGACAGAGCUUGUGCCGGUGGAGUCGAUCCACUUCGUCAACGGUGAGCCACUUUGCGCCUUUCAGGAGUGCUAUCGCUGCUUCGAAGGACGCGACCUCCUCUACCGACUCGUCAACGUGGAAAAGAAGCAAUGGUUCUUUUACAACAACACAGUCGACGUUAUUAUGCACGUUCACGCCGUGUUCUCACCCGGCAGCGUCAUCAAACCUCUGCAGCGGGCAACACUGCACGUGGUGCCGAACGCGGCCGGCUUUUCAGACGACACGUGCUCGACCGAGGUCACCUUGGACGUAGAGCCCGGCUACACGGAGUCGUUCAUCGAGGGCGAUGUGAAGGGGUUCAACUUCGAAUUCCGCACCGAGGCCGCCCCGGCGAAGGAUGUUGCCUUCGAGUACCGCCGUCCCACGGAGCCGUACGACAAAAUCUACAAGUGCUUCAAGAACAACGGCAACGGGCUGCUCUUCCGCCUCGUGGAUGACAAGGCCUCUCGCUGGCUUUUUUACAACGACACGCGGGAUUUCAUGAUGAAGGUGAGCGUUGUGUUCGCGAACGGCGCUGAGGUGCGUCCGCUGGGGAAGACGGCAGUGACCGGCGCUCCGCCGGAGUCAGGGGAGAAGAGCAUUAGCUGUGUACUCCACAUCGCACCCGGUGCCACAGAAUCCUUUAUCGAGGGCCACCCGGUCACGUACACGCUGGACUUCGCUGCGGAGCCGGUUGUGCCGCCGGCCCUUCCAAAGACGGCAGAGGAGCCCGUUGAGUACGUGCAUGGCGGCCCCGAUGCCAGGGUGAUGCCGCACCAGUCCCAUGUAUACAAGUGCUUUAAAGACCACGGCAAUGGGCUGCUCUUCCGCAUCGUGGACGACUACAACAACAUCUGGGCCUUCUACAACGACACCGCAGAGUACGUCAUGACGGCGAACAUGCGCUUCCCGCACUCUAGUAGCGUGCAGGUGGCGCCCGGCGUGCAGGUGAUCGCGGAUACGGAGCGUGAGGGUGGCGUGGUGGCUGCGGUCGAGGUGCCGCCGCUCGCGACGGUGCCUUUCUUGGUAGGCACGCCCGCCACUUACGAGCUCGCCUUCUCUGCCACACCGGUGCAGUCGCCGCCCUUGACACCGUCACCGUCGACGUCCGCUGCACCAAGCACCGGUGACUUCCCCAGAACGGAAGCGGUCCGCGAUGCCUCAGCCUCUUCCUCUCCUCCCCCACUCGCUACUACUGUUCUUCCUGCUGUUCCUGCUGCUGCUGCCGCUGCCGCCCAGCCGCUGCCCGCCGUCCCCGUACCGGAGGAGCUCCCGAUGUACGCGCACGGUCAUCCCGAUCCAACGAUCAUGCCCCACAUCGACGAAGUAUACAAGUGCUUCAAGGAGCACGGAAACGGCCUGCUGUUCCGCCUGGUGGACAAGACGCAUCACCGCUGGGCCUUUUACAACGAUACCACCGACGUGGUUGCCUCGGUGAAGGUUGCCUUCCACCCAAGGGCGCGUAUUGAGCUGCUUGGCAAGGCAGAGGCGGCGACGGAGCCCGAGACGGGCACCGUCGUUUACACCCUUCGCGUGGAACCGCUGGAGACGGCGGUGUUUGUGCAGGGCGACGUGGACGUCUUCACCACGAGUUUUAUGGCAGAGCACAUACAGGUGUGA